CAAUGGGUGCCACGUAGGGUGACCUCUGAGCAUGGACCAAAGACUAUUCAGCAGAUUCGUGAAGACUACGCUAAGGACUUUGGUGUCUACUAUCCGAGUCAGGGUCAGCUGCGCGGUAGUGCUUUCGCAAAUCUAUUCAGCCCGCCACCACGACCUGGAAUGUCAGAGUCGUUCAUGUUCGCUCCAAGGUCAGCCCUCGGUGCAAAUAUCGGUACUGGACCUGGAGUAAUACACGUGGAGGGCAUGAAUGGCUUUGCUGGAAAUAUGCCCAGGAGUAGACAAAUGAAUCAUCAAGGACAAGGUUAUGAUGGAGGUGCCAGCCGUGGCAGGCAACAGCAAGGAGGGCAGCAGAAGAGCCCCCAGCAGUUCCCACCACGAUUCCAGUCGCAGGGCUCUCCCCAGCAAUUGUCGCCACACCCAUCACCACCCUCUACACAAGGUGGUAUCCAACAACAGAAAAAGGAUCUGCCACCUCGAUUCAUGAAGAAGCAACCACCCAACUUCAAUCCUGACGAGAUAAGUUUGAGACCAGCGCAGGGUUCGGUGAUACUGAAACCAAAUGCACCAAGUAUGCUGCCUAAGUCGGCCAUGCCUGUUGCACAGUCUCAUUACAUGCCAAUGCAGCCACCUAUCCAGCCAGUACCAGUCAUGAUGCCAGCACAGCCUCAUGUACUACCAAUUAAAAUUAUUCCCAAGAAAGAAGAUGUUAAGAGAGAGAAGGCGAAGGCGCCAAGCAAGCAUGACCUGCUCAACAAUACGAAGAAAAAUGUCAUGGAUUUUCUUCAAAGUCACAACGAGCAAGAAUUUGUUAAUAACUUCAAACAGAUGAUGGUUCCAAACAGAUACAUGGCAGAUAUUGUAUGUGCAAUUAUGACCUCUGCUAUUGACAAAUCUGAUGAGGACAGAGACUUCGUGAGUGCCCUCAUCUGUACAUUGAAGAAAGAGGCUCUCAUCUCUCAAAGGAGUUUCAUGGAGGGGUUCAAGUGUCUGCUUGACCAAAUGACAGAGCUGGAGGUGGAAGUGCCACUUGUGCGCUCGUACGCGGCCGGCUACGGAGCACAAGCGGUCGCCAGUGAACUGAUAACGCUAGCCGAGCUUUCAGAGCCCAUGCGAAAUGGUGCCUUUUACCCACUGUUCCCACUUUGUCUGCAACAGAUCCACAAGCUGAAGGGUGAGGACUGGCUGUUUGACAACUUUGAAGAGUCAAAAAUUGAUCUUCAGCACAUGCUACCAGAAAUUGACCAGACAUUAAAUCAUCCUCAUUUUCACUAA